AUGGCAGAAUCUUUUUUCCCUGAUUUUGGCUUGUUGUGGUACCUGGAAGAGCUCAAAAAGGAAGAGUUCUGGAAAUUUAAGGAGCUCCUCAAGGAAGAACCUCUGAAAUUCGAGCUGAAGCCAAUCCCGUGGACUGAGCUAAAGAAGGCCUCAAGAGACAGUCUGUCGGAAUUGCUGAACAAGCAUUACCCCGGAAAGCUGGCGUGGGAGGUGACGCUGAGCCUGUUUCUGCAGGUCAGUCGGAGAGAUCUCUGGGCAAAGGCUCAGGAGGAGAUGAGAACUACGCUAAACCCAUAUAGAAAGCACAUGAGGGAAAAAUUCCGAUUCAUCUGGGAGAAGGAAACCUGCCUUCAGGUCCCUGAAGAUUUCUACAAGGAGAGCACAAAGUACGAGCAUGAACAGCUGAGUGCUGUGUACCGGGAGGCGGACACGGCUGGGCGGCUCUCGCCCGUGGUGGUCCUGCAAGGUCCUGAAGGAAUUGGGAAGACCACACUCUUGAAGAGAGUGAUGCUGGAGUGGGCAGAGGGCCACCUGUGGAGGGACAGGUUCCUGUUCCUCUUCUUCCUUAGUGGCAGAGAGAUGAGCAGUGUCACCGAGACGAGCCUGGCGGAGCUCAUCUCCAGGGACUGGCCUGCGUCUGCAGAGCCCAUCGAAGACGUGCUUUCCCAGCCAGAGAAAGUCCUGUUCGUCCUGGAUGGCAUCGAGGAGCUGAAACUUGACCUGGAGCUGCAGGCUGACGUGUGCAGUGACUGGAGGCAGCGACGGCCAGUGCAGGUGGUCCUGAGAAGUCUGCUGCGGAGAGCCGUGCUCCCAGAGGCCUCCCUGCUCAUCGCCCUGGGGAGGAUGAGGGUGAAGAACGAUUAUUUCUCGUGUCAGCCGGAAAGACUCAUAUUUCUGUCAGGAUUCUCUGAACACGAAACGAAGCUGUAUUUCUCCCAUUACUUCCGUGAGAAGAGUAAAUCCUUGAGGGCCUUCAGCUUUGUCAGAGAGAGGAUACCACUGCUUCUCUUGUGCCAGAGCCCCUUUGUGUGCUGGCUGGUCUGUACGUGCUUGAAGUGCCAGCUGGAGAAAGGAGAGGACCUUCAGAUGGACUCAGAAAGCAUCACAUCUUUAUAUGCAUCCUUUUUGAUGAGCGUGUUCAAAUCAGGGAGUGAGAAUUGUGCCCCGAAGCAGAACAGAGCCCGGCUCAAAGGCCUGUGUGCCUUGGCUGCAGAGGGCAUGUGGACCCACACGUUCCUCUUCUGCCCUGAGGACCUCCGAAGGAGCGGCGUGUCUGAGGCCGACGCCCUGGUGUGGGUGGACGUGAGACUUCUUCAGAGGAGCGGCAGUUGCUUUUCUUUCAUCCACACUUGCAUCCAAGAGUUCUGUGCCGCCAUGUUCUACUUGUUCCAGAGACCCAAGGACGGCCCUCACCCAGCCAUCGGGAGCUUGGCCCAGCUGGUGGCAGCAGCCGUGAAUGACGUCCAGACCUACUGGUCCUGGGUGGGGAUAUUCCUGUUUGCGCUUUCAACCAAGAAAAUCACCACCGUGCUGGAGACAUCCUUGGGGUUUCCACUGUCCAAAGAGCUAAGACAGGAAAUAACCCAGUGCCUUAAAACUUUAAGUCGCUUUGACCCUGACCAGGCGGUGGUGAGUUUCCAGGCAUUGUUCAAUUGUCUGUUUGAGACCCAGGAGGAAGAGUUCGUAGCACAAGUGAUGAACGUCUUUGAAGACGUCAGCGUUUACAUCGGUAGCAGAGACGAGCUGACGAUGGCUGCCUUCUGCCUGAAGCACUGCCAGAACUUGCAGGUGUUUCGCCUGUGCAUAGAAAACAUCUUUUCUGACGCCUCUGAACCCAUCUCCAGUAAAAUCCAGGCGCUGCUCCUUUGGCGAGAUCUCUGCUCACUGUUUAAGACCAACAAGAACUUCCAGAUGUUGGAUUUGGACAACUGUCAGUUCGACGAGGCCUCCCUGGCGAUUCUCUGUAAGACGCUGGCUCAGCCCGCCUGUAAACUCCAGAAGUUCGUGUGCAACUUUGCGUCUAACCUUAUAAACGGUCUAGACUUCUUCAAGGCCGUUCUUCAUAGCCCUCACCUGAAGUACCUGAACCUGUCUGGCACUGGCCUCUCGCACCCGGACAUCCGGCGGCUGUGCGAGACGCUCAGGCACCCGAUGUGCAGCAUAGAAAAGCUGAUGCUGGGGAAGUGUGACAUCACGGACCAAGCUUGCAGAGACAUCGCCUCCGUCCUCGUCCACAACAAGAAGCUGAAGCUUCUCUCCUUGGUACAGAAUCCUGUGAAGAAUGAAGGCGUGAUGGCGCUGUGUGAUGCACUGAAGGACCCCCGCUGUGCCCUGGAGAUGCUGCUACUGACGCAGUGCUCCCUCACCUCGGCCGCCUGCGGCUCCAUCUCCCAAGCCCUUCUCUGCAACAGAUCUCUGACCCUUCUCGAUCUGGGGUCAAACUUCCUGCAAGAUGCGGGAGUGACGUCUCUGUGUGCAUCGCUGAAGCACCCAGACUGCCCGCUCCGGGAGUUGUGGCUGGAGGGCUGCGGCCUCACUUCUGCCUGCUGUGGCGACAUCUCCGCCGCUCUUACCAGCAACGAGAGGCUCCAGACCCUGAAGCUCGGGAACAACGGGCUCCGGGACGCCGGUGCGCGGCGGCUGUGCGCGGCUCUGCGGCACCCCAGCUGUAAACUGGCGAACCUGGGGCUGGGGAUCUGCGAGCUCACGUCCGCCUGCUGCGAAGACCUGGCCUCCGCUCUCACCGUCUGCAAAUCCCUGCGGGGCCUGGACCUGAAUUUGAUUAAUCUGAACUACGAGGGGGCGCUGGUGCUGCGUGAAGCCUUGACCCACCCGGAAUGUGACCUGCAGACGCUCGGGCUGCACACAUCUAAGUUGAGUGAAGACAUUAAGAUGCUGCUGACAGAGGUGGAGGAGAGGAAGCCCCACCUGACCAUCUCACCCAGUCUCUGGGUGGAGGACAUGAGCAGGGUCCGGGGGACAGCCGUCUGACGAGGCGCGUCCUGCACUCACCUUCUCACAAAGGCGUCUCCUCGGCCACCGCGGGCGUUUCCCCUCCUGGCGCGCCCCGCCCUGUGCCUUGGCAUCGCGGCCAUGUGGGCUGCGGUCGCCUGUCCUGCCCUGCAGUGUUGACUAGCACAAAUACAUUA